UGUUCUUGGUCCAUUUAUGGCCACGAUUGGUUUCCUUUCCCUUGUGGUUCCUAUGAACACCAACUCAACGACUUCCUUUUCUUUUAGGGCCAGUCUGUUUCGUGGGUCGAAUUGAGAAUUUGAUAUGAAAAGAGUGAGAAAAUAUUAUUGUGAAAAGUAUCAUACUCUUCGAAUUGUGAAGUGAACGGGGCCUGGGUCUUAAAUUUCUUAUUCUGCAUCAGCUCAGCUUAGGCCUUUGUACGGUUUCCUUUCUUCCUGACUACUGUGUAGGCCAUAAUCCAUGCACGUUGACCAGGUUAAUUAUGAAGCAGUGAGUUUUAAGCAAAAUGUGGACAUUAUCAGCACAGAAUUCUUCACCAAAUUAUAACUAUUGAAGGAGCUAACACAGUUUCACUUUCACCAAAAAUCUCUGCAAUUCCCGGCCAAAAAUGGUUCUUCCUUGCUCUUCAAGACACUUGUUAACUACCACCUAUGUUUUAUACAUAUUCUUGUUACUAUUCUCCUUCUCAAUCUGCUACCUUAGAGAUAGCAUAACACUGAACGAGUCCAUUAGAGACAGCCAAAAUGAAACUCUGGUUUCAGCAGGAGAGAGAUUCCAACUGGGGUUUUGCAACCCAGAAAGAAGCAAAAAGAGAUACUUGGGCAUUUGGUACUACAAAAUUGUACCGCAAACAGUCGUAUGGAUCGCGAACCGCAGUCACCCACUGGAAAAGACCAAUGGGGUUUUUUCCAUUACAAAAGAUGGAGAACUUGGGUUAACAGAUGAAAGUAGCGAUACCAUAUUUUGGUCAACAAGCGUUGGUGGGAGACCUGCUAUGAAGAGGAAGUUGACUCUUAUGGAUUCUGGAAACUUGGUUUUCAGUGAAGAAGAACAUCAAGGAAAAGAAUCAGAGAGCAAAAUUCUAUGGCAAAGCUUUGAUAAUCCAACUGAUACGUUUCUUCCUGGUAUGAAGAUGACUGGAAGCAUCAACUUGACUUCCUGGAAAAGUAAAGAUGACCCAGCAGAAGGGAACUUCACCUUUCUGCUAGAUCGUGACAGAGAUAACCAGUACAUCAUAGAGAAAGGAUCGUACGUGCAAUAUUGGAAAAGCCAGUCCUCACAGAGUCUUUCUAGCUUUGAUGAUAUUUCUCCUGUAGCAUCCUAUAUGCUGUCAAAUUUCACCAGGCCAUUUUACCAUCAAACAGAUAAUUCCAAAAGGCACACCACGAGGGGAACUAAUGGAACUAACGCCACUAGUUCUAAGCCCUUCGAUUCGUCGAUAACAUACUCCAAAGCAUCUGAUUACAUAAGAUACUCCAAAGCAUCUGAUUACAUCAAUACAACGUUGGUGAUGAACUUCAAUGGACAGAUACAAUUCUUCCAAGGGCUAGUUCUGGUACAAUCGGAACCAAGUGACCCCUGCCGCGUGUUUAAAGCUUGUGGCGAAUUUAGCAGCUGCAAUAGUAAGAAUGCUGUUUUUUGCAAAUGUUUACCUGGGUUCAAACCAAAGUCUCCAGAAAGUUGGAAUUCUGGAGAUUUUUCAGCUGGGUGUGAAAGUAACUCGGAGCUCUGCCGUUAUAACGACACCUUUCUGAAUCUGACGAUGAUGAAGGUGGGAAAACGUGGUGUAGAUGUUAAUUUAGAACAAGGGGAGGAUUGUAGAGCCAAGUGCCUAAACGAUUGUCAUUGCAACGCUUAUUCGUAUGCACCCAGAUGCUUGAUUUGGUCAGAUGGACUAGACAAUCUUCAGGAGUUUAGCAGUGAUGGCCAUAGCAUCAAUGUUCGUGUGGCACUGUCUGAUAUAGAACCAAUGAAAAGGGACUGUGGCACUUGUGGUACCAACAGAAUCCCCUAUCCACUAAGUACUAGACCUGAUUGUGGGGAUCCCAUGUACGCUAAUUUCACCUGUGACAGAAGAACCGGCCAGGUUAACUUCGGGGCACAUGGUAGAAAUUUCCGAGUCACAAAUAUCAAUACUGAAGAAAGAAUAUUUUCAAUCCACAUUAUAAACUGCACAAAUACAGAUGAAAUGGGAAUUCUGCUGCAGCUCAACCAGUCAUCGGUGUACCAAGUGAGCAGUGGAUGCAGUAGUGAGCAAAGCAAGCUUACUUUGGACAUUUGGUUUCCUGAUGGUAGGCCAAGUGAAGUUAAAAUACAAUGGAAUCCACCACCAUUACCACCAGUCUGUGAUACAUCUGGUAACUGCACCGAUUGGGCACAUUCAUCCUGCAAUGCAACAGAAGAUGGGCAGAAAAGAUGCAAUUGUGAUGAACUGUACCACUGGGAUUCUCAGAAUUUCACCUGCACUUUAAAUGAAGUGCACAUGCAAUUCAAAGGAUCUUCAGGAAAUCAGAAGUUCUAUGUUGUCAUCAUUGGUAUCAUAGCGACUGCUUUGGUUCUCUCUUGCACUAUUUGUGUUGUAUAUUACAUGAGAAGAAGAAGUUUGACCAACAUCCCAGAUAUCGCGGGGAGCAUUCAGGGAAGUCAGUCAGUUAUCUUGUAUGAUAGUGAGAGACACAUAACAGAAUUCAUUCAGUCAGGAGAGUUCAAAGAGGAUGAAAAGAAAGGCAUAGAAGUACCAUUUGUUGUUUUGGAAAGCAUACUAGUUGCUACAGACAACUUUUCAGAAGCAAAUAAACUUGGACAAGGAGGAUUUGGCCCUGUUUAUAAGGGUAAAUUUGCAGGAGGACAAGAGAUCGCUAUAAAGAGGCUCUCGAGCGGUUCAGGACAAGGCUUAGAGGAAUUUAAGAACGAGGUCUUGUUGAUCGCCAAACUUCAGCACCGGAAUCUUGUUAGGCUUUUGGGCUAUUGUGUUGAAGGAGAUGAAAAAAUGUUGCUCUAUGAGUAUAUGCCCAACAAAAGCUUGGACUCAUUCAUAUUCGAUCGCACAUUAUGUGUGUUGCUGAACUGGGACAAACGCUUUAACAUCAUACUGGGAAUUGCUAGAGGGCUUCUUUACCUUCACCAUGAUUCAAGGUUAAGGAUCAUCCAUAGAGAUUUAAAAACCAGCAAUGUUCUACUUGAUGAAGAGAUGAACCCCAAAAUUUCUGACUUUGGCUUGGCAAGGAUUUUUGGAGGUAAACAAACAGAGGCAACCACAACAAGAGUAGUCGGAACCUAUGGUUAUAUGUCUCCAGAGUACGCACUUGACGGGUUCUUCUCAAUCAAAUCCGAUGUUUUCAGUUUUGGUGUUGUCAUCCUUGAGAUUAUCAGUGGAAAAAGAAACACUGGAUUUUACCAAUCAGAACAAGCUCUGAGCCUUCUUGGUUACGCAUGGAAGUCAUGGAGAGAAAACAAGGCAUUGGAUCUGAUGGACGUAACGCUAAGAGAAACAUGUAAUGCAAAUGAAUUCUUGAGGUGUGUGAGUGUAGGACUGUUGUGCGUACAAGAGGACCCGAUUGAUCGUCCCACAAUGUCAAAUGUACUUUUCAUGCUCGGAAGCGAAACCGCGAGUCUUCCGAGUCCUAAGCAACCAGCCUUUGUUAUGAGGAGAUCUCUUUCUACCACUGGUUCUUCUAGUAGACCAUUGUCCGUCAACGAAUUUACGGCUACCUUGGAGCAAGGCCGGUAACAAUUGAGAUCACUCUCGUGAGCUAACUUUUGUUCUAAGUAGAAAUAUUUGCUUUGCACUUUCUCCGGCACUAUUUACCUUAGACUUGGACACGGGGUGGGCUAUUAUGCACUGAAGGUUGAAGGGGUCCAGGGGACAGUACUUUUGCCGGUUUCUCAUACUGUUUUUAUUAUGAAAGAUGCAUGGA